AUGAACAUCAACGGGAAGAACGGCCUCGCAUGUUUGCUUUACAUCGAGCCCAGCCCGGCUGCCAUCGAGAUUCAGCCCCUGCCGCACACCUACGUCGUGAAGGAGAGCGAGAGAGCGCGGGAGUACAAGUCAAUCGAGCCCUGGCUAAAGCGCAAGGACACGAAGGCCAAGGAUGCGAAGGAGUACUUCCAGAGCCGCGAGGACCAGCUGUAA